AUGAAGAAAUUCCUUUUUACAUCUCUCUUCCUUGCUGCUACCGCUACGGCAUCUGUAGUUAGCGAUGCUGCUACCAACCCCAUCGAAGCGAUAGGAUCAUUAACACCAGAAUGUCAAGCUGCUUUAUUUAGCAUCGUAGCAAACCCAGAAUUCUUUGAAUGCGUACCAAUUACGGCGCUUAUACCAUUGUUACCGGUUCUAUCCGAUCCAAACGCCCUCCCAGAAUUGUUAAAAGAUCCAGCUAAAAAUCUACCUCCAGUACUUGGACCAGUAUUUGACGGUCUUUGUGCUGCACCUAAAUGUUCUGACGAAGGUGUUGCCGCAUCACUUAAAGCCUUAGAUGACGGCUGUCAGGCUGAUGAGAAGAAUUCACUUAUAGAAAUCGCAACUG